AUGGCGAUCGAUAAAGAAAUUCAAGAGUUGUUGGUAAUAGGAGAUUCAGAUUUACUGAUUCUUCAGGUUCAGGAGGAAUGGGCCAUGAAGAAUUUGAAGAUUGCACCGUACGUGAAGCUAGUGCAAAGGUUGUGUAAAAGGUUCUGCAAGAUCAAGUUUAGGCAUACAUCAAGGUUGCAGAAUGAAUUUGCUGACGCUCUGGCUACUAUCUCCUCAAUGAUCAAAUAUCCGGAUACAAGUUACAUUGAUCCUGUGGAGAUAUAUUUGAAAGAACAACCCGUUCACUGUUCGCAUGUCGAAGCAGAACCAGAUGGGAGACCUUGGUAUUUUGACAUAAAAUGGUAUCUAGAAACCGGAACUUAUCCAGAUAAUGCGAUUUUCAAUCAGAAGAAAGCAAUAUAUCGAAUGGUUAACAAUUUCUUUCCAAGUGGAGAAACCCUUUAUAGGAGAACUCUAGAUAUGGGACUUCUUAGAUGUGUCGAUGCUAUUGAAGCUACGAAGAUUCUCGAACAGAUUCAUGUGGGAGUUUGUGGAACUCAUAUGAAUGGGCUUACCUUGGCAAAAUAG